AUUGGUUGAAUCACUCGAAAACCCGCACGUUAAAAUCAACUUUCUUUCGCAGCCCCGAAAGCAAAUAGACCACUAGAAAGCCGCCGUUAGAAUUUCUUCUGCCUCUUACCAAUGCCGACAAAAAUCAAUUCGAUGAUCUGAUUGGUGGCUUCAUUCGUCUCUAAACCAACAUAGAAUCUUCUAAUGCCGUCGAGUUCCAGUUCAGUGAAGCUGGGAUUCAGUUAAUUUUUCUUGAUAGAAAGUUGCUGUUGAAAUUGAUCUAUUGACAUGGGUGAUAGCAAUAGUAAUUCGCCCCCUGGGUCUCCUAAAGAAAACCCAGAUCAGGAUUCUGAGAAAAAACCGAUUGGCAAGGAUGAUAGCACACUGGAAACCAUAGUCCGUAGGAUCCGGGACUCAAUUUCUACAGGCAAGAAACACAAAUUUUGGGAAACCCAACCAGUAGGUCAAUUCAAAGACAUCUGGAAUGCAAUUUUGCCAGAGGGCCCUAUUGAGCCUCCAACUCCAUUGUCUGAAGUGAAGCAAGAACCUUACAAUCUCCCUAGCCCGUAUGAAUGGAUCACUUGUGAUAUUGAGUUGGAAGAGACUUGUACUGAGGUCUACAAUCUCUUGAAGAAUAAUUAUGUCGAGGAUGAUGAAAACAUGUUUAGAUUUAAUUACUCUAAGGAGUUCCUAAGGUGGGCUUUGCACCCUCCUGGUUAUUACAGAAGCUGGCACAUUGGGGUCCGUGCCAAGGCUUCAAAGAAGCUCGUUGCCUUUAUAACAGGUGUACCUGCUAGGAUUAGAGUGCGUGAUGUUGUCGUGAAAAUGGCUGAGAUCAAUUUCUUAUGUGUUCAUAAGAAGCUCAGGUCAAAGAGACUUGCCCCUGUUAUGAUUAAGGAGGUUACCAGGAGGGUUCAUUUGGAGAAUAUUUGGCAAGCUGCUUACACUGCUGGAGUGGUUCUUCCAACUCCAAUAACAACUUGUCAGUAUUGGCAUAGGUCUUUGAACCCAAAGAAGCUUAUUGAUGUUGGCUUCUCCAGGCUUGGAGCGAGAAUGACUAUGAGCCGAACCAUAAAACUUUACAAGUUACCAGAUUCACCAGCUACUCCUGGAUUUAGAAAAAUGGAGCUUCAUGAUGUACCUGCUGUUACACGAUUGCUCAGACAUUACAUGAACCAGUUUAUUGUUGCUCCAGACUUUGAUGAGAAUGAUGUGGAGCACUGGCUUCUUCCAACUGAGAAUGUGGUUGAUAGUUACUUGGUUGAGAGUCAAGAGACUCACGAGAUCACUGACUUCUGCAGCUUCUACACCCUUCCAUCAUCUAUCCUUGGCAACCAGAAUUACUCGACUUUGAAGGUUGCUUAUUCAUUUUAUAAUGUUGCUACUAAGACUCCACUACUUCAGUUGAUGAACGAUGCACUUAUUGUUGCCAAGCAAAAGGAUUUUGACGUUUUUAAUGCUUUAGAUGUCAUGCAAAACCAGUCUUUCCUGAAAGAGCUGAAAUUUGGACCAGGUGAUGGGCAACUUCACUAUUAUCUUUAUAAUUAUCGGAUACGAAAUGGUGUCACACCAUCAGAACUUGGGCUUGUACUCUUGUAGUUUCAUGUGUCUGAAGGUGCACACUGUGAUUUCUAUUGAUGAUAAGGUCUGUGGGUUGCAUUUUUUCCCCUUUCCUGAGCAGCCAUGGCAGCAGCAAAAAAAUGAGAAUUUGCAGUGUAUUUGAGAACCAGGUCUGGUCCAGUGGUUUUAUACAUCCUAAGUUGGGACAAUAUCAAUGUUGUUUACCAUUCAAAUUGUUAUCUGGACACGAAUGUUUUUGAGAGCUUGAAUACCCUUUCCAUUCUUGAAUUUAGCUAUCUCUCAUUUUCUUUUCCUGCAUAAUUCUGUGGGACAUCCAUGCUAUGGGCAGCAUGAUUAUUAUUGUUUGCGUAAGUAGCUGGAGUUGCGUUUGUGGCAGCAAUUAAUUUCUAUUUGUAUA